CAAAUCUGCCUGCUCGCACAUUCCGCAGUGAUUAUUUGAUGAUUAUAUGGAAAACCGUGGAGAUGUCGAACUCGCCUCGUCUUGGGAAUCCGACGUCCACACUGCGGCCGAUGCCGUCCACGAGGUAGCUCGCAUAUUCAAAGACAUCAAUCUGAACAUCGAAAAGGACGACAUCGUCAAGACCGCCAGCGACGCAGAAGCAGCCAGCCUGAAAAAGUAUGGAACACCAGGGCUCGCGCGCUCGGUAGAGAAUGUCCUCCAGGAAGCGUUUGAGAUAUUCAACUACCGAAUGCGCAUGAACCAUCCCCGAUUCUUUGGCUUCAUCCCAGGACCCGCGUCCCCGUUUUCCUGGCUGGGUGAAACUGUCACAUCCGCAUUCAACUCCUUCUCUGGGUCACGACUGCAAGGAUCUGGACCGGGCGCUAUUGAAACGGAGCUUAUUCACUGGAUGGCUUCUAAGGCUGGCUUACCCGCUACGACAGCAGGAGGACUAUCUGUUUCCGGAGGAUCAAUGGCGAAUCUAACAGCCAUGGUCCUGGCUCGAGACCAUACGAUGCCGUGUGAGAAAUGGCCGCUGGGCGUGGCAUAUGUUUCCGACCAGACGCACUCGUCCGUCGCUAAAGGUCUCCGGAUUCUGGGGUUCCAAGCUAAACAAAUCCACAAGAUACCGAGCGAUGAGCACUUUCGAAUGGAUGUAUCUUCGUUAAAACAGGCCAUCCAGUCUGAUCGAGAUGCAGGGCUGUGUCCGUUUGUCAUUAUCGCCAGCUGCGGGACAACAAACACCGGCAGUGUUGAUCCGCUGCAUGGCAUUGUGGAUGUUGGCCGGCAGGAAGGACUAUGGAUCCACGUUGACGGCGCAUACGGGGCAUCCGCCUUGCUUUCAGAAUCGAGGGCACCGCUGCUCGAUGGAUUGGGAGGGGUGGAUAGUAUCUCGUGGGAUGCGCACAAAUGGCUAUUCCAGACGUAUGGAUGCGGUGUUCUCCUGGUUCGCGAUAAAGAGCAUCUCGCACAGAGCUUUCAUACAGAUGCUGAAUACAUACGCGACGCAGCAGACGGAGAGGACAUUCCUAACUUCUGGAAUCUCGGUCUGGAAUUGACACGGCCGGCGAGGAUUAUGAAGUUAUGGUUCACGUUACGCAUUCUGGGCGUGGAUAAGGUUGAUAAAGUGAUUACCCAUGGCUGCAGACUGGCUGAGGCUGCAGAGAUGCAGCUUAGAUCAACACCGGACUGGGAAGUGACGAGUGCUGCUAGUCUGGCGAUUGUGACAUUUCGAUUUGUUCCGGGGGGCAAAAAUGACGACGAACUGGAUGCGCUUAAUGAUGCUAUCUCCAAGCAACUGGUGUUGGAGAAUGUGGGUGGUAUCCUGACCACCAAGGUCAAGGGCAAAGUGGUGCUGCGGAUCUGUGCACUCAGUCCAUUACUCACAGAGAGCAAGAUGAAGGCUAUCAUACAGGAGGUGGACUCCGUUGGCAGGAAGGUCUUGCAGGGUUUCCUGUGAAUAUCAUGUUUAUUUAUACUGAGACUUUAUACUAAACAUAGGGACUGCUAAAAGCAUCACCUAUUCUUACAAUCCAUGAAGCUCUUCU